ACCCUAGAAAAUCCCAAAUAAGAAUACCAGACGCCAUGCAAGCCUUGGCUAUAUGCGCUUGUCACUCGAAAGUCGAAAGGUCUAUUUUGGCGUCUGAUGAACCAAGAGGACAUUUAUAAAUUCUUCUUCUCACUUGUCUGCUCUCUGUCAGAGAAGCUGCUUGAUUUAGGACAUACGGUGGGUGCGGCGGCGCGUUGUCUACACAGCCAUACCCUCCACAAAUAAUCCCAAAUUACUUGUGCUGUUCAAAUGUCUUCUACAGUCAGCCAUGGUCCAUUAGCAUUAGCUGAUAUUGAUUGGGACAACCUAGGAUUCACGUUUGUGCCGACUGAUUAUAUGUAUGUGAUGAAAUGUGAUGAUGGGGAAAAUUUUACAAAUGGCGAAUUGCAACGCUUUGGGAAUAUCGAGUUGAGCCCUUGUGCUGGAGUCCUGAAUUAUGGGCAAGGAUUGCUUGAGGGUUUAAAAGCUUAUAAGACCGAAGAUGGAAACAUUUUAUUAUUUCGUCCGGGGGAGAAUGGCAUGCGCCUACGUUUGGGUGCAGAGCGUAUGUGCAUGGCUUCGCCAAGUGUUGACCAAUUUGUGAAAGCUGUCAAGGACACUGUUUUAGCAAACGAAAAAUGGAUACCUCCUCCUGGAAAAGGUUCAUUAUACAUAAGGCCAUUGCUUAUGGGGAGUGGUUCCAUGCUUAGCCUUGCACCAGGUCUUGAAUACACCUUCCUGAUUUAUGUCACUCCUGUUGGUAAUUAUUUCAAGGAUGGCUUGUCUCCAAUUGAUUUGAUGGUUGAAACUGAAACACAUCGAGCAACCCCUGGUGGUACAGGAUGUGUAAAGACGAUAGGAAACUAUGCUGCAGUUAUGAAGGCACAGCGUGCUGCUAAAGCCAAAGGUUAUUCCGAUGUUCUGUACCUGGAUAGUGUUCACAAGAAGUAUUUAGAAGAGGUUUCAUCUUGCAACCUUUUUAUUGUAAAGGGGAAUGUCAUAUCAACUCCUGCAACUGAAGGGACAAUUCUUCCUGGAAUCACAAGGAAGAGUAUUAUUGCUCUCGCCCGUGGCCUGAAAUUUCAGGUCGAGGAGCAAAGGCUAACUGUGGAUGAAUUGCUUGAUGCUGAUGAAGUUUUUGUUACUGGAACAGCUGUUGUUUUAUCGCCCGUUGGCAGCAUAACUUACUUUGGUAAAAGGAUAUCUUACGGAACCUCUGGGGUUGGUGCUGUGACGCAGCAACUCUAUACUGCACUAACCAGACUACAAAUGGGCCUUGCAGAGGACAGUAUGGACUGGAUUGUCAAGCUUAAGUAGUUAUCGUAGAUAAUUGAAUCAUGUAAUGAACUCUCCUUUUUAGAUGUGGUGCAGAGACGUUGGGUGUCUACUGUCUAGUCAUGAAAGACUUUACUGGGUGAUAUAUAACAGUUACACUUGUGUUAAGAUCUAUUGUCUUUAUAAAAGCUGGAAAUACGGUUUUUCAUUUUUUUU